UUCCAUAUUGACUACAAACUCUAUAGGUAACAUUUAAUUAUGGUUCGAUUUUCAGUCGUAUUUGUUUUUGUUGCAGUUUUCGUCAAGUAUAAAGCCUUAGCACUACCAGGAUGUUUCUUUGAUGUGAUGACCAAUAAUGCAGCCAAUGCACCUUUAAUAACUCAAGCUAAACGCGAAUUUGUAGAACCUUCAGCUAAUGGAAGCAUUCACAUUGGAUUUAGAGAAAGUAUGUACAUUGCUUGUCCUGGAGGACAAUUCACUCCACCUGGCUUAAAUCCACGUGGCCAAUUCAUGAACUGCGUGGAAGGUACAACCAUCACAAUUGGAGCAUCAGCUACUUUGGACUUUGCCAAUUUCACAUGCACUGAUAGAGCUAGACCAUAUGUAGAAGUAAUCACAGACACUGAAAUACAAUGCGAAAAUGGUACCUUUGGCUUAAGGGCAGGUUAUACUGUUUCGGACUUAAAUGGGUUUGUUACUGUGUAUACGGCUUGUUUUCGGCUUUGCGACACUCCUUUGUAUAUUAAAUCCAAAGUGAAUAAAUGGGCACGAUCUGGACAGAAUUAUCCAGAAGCACCCAGAUAUGUGUUUGACUUUGGGAUAUUUUGUGGAAACGCACUCGAAAGGUACGAUAAUUACGAAGCUAGAUUUGAAGAAAUGGGUCUCCAGGAUUACAUCAACGAUGUACAUUAUUUAACGAAGGGACAAUUGGCUCCACACGAUGACUUUCUUUAUGUUCUUCAAAGAGACGCUACUUAUAGUUUAGUUAACGUUGCUCCACAGUGGAAUACUUUUGAUGAAGGGAACUGGAGGUCGCUAGAAAAUGGAAUUCUGAAUCUGUUGCAAAGUCAAGAUAUCGAAGGCGCCACAAUUUUAACGGGAAUUUUAAAAAUAGCUACUUUGACAAAUUCCACCGGAGAUGAAAUUGAACUUCGUAUUGCAACAAUGGCUACAGUUCCAAGAUGGUUUUGGAAGAUUAUUUAUUUUCCAGAGCUGCACUUCGGUGCAGUUUUCUUCGGAUAUAAUAAUCCUUACGUGAAUAAGUUUCUCGUUGACGCGGAAUUCUUGAGGGAAAUAUGUUCCACGGAUAUCUUCGGAACGUUACAAAGUAGUUGGAUGUUGAAUGAUAUUGACAACACAGACCCAUUUUUGGGGUAUACCUACGCUUGUCCAUUGAAUACAGUUCAAAUAAUUGAUCCUCUUAUUGGCGAAAUUGUUACAAAUUUUCUUGGAGAACUAAAUGUGACUAAAUCUGGAAUACUCCCCUAAGUAAUAUUUAUUUAUCUAGUAUCGUGAAUAUGUAUUACUACUAUAAAUUUAGCUUCUUUUUGUCUGGUAUCAAAUAAAAAUCUUGUUACAA